AUGGUGACUUCAACAAAGCCCCCGCGGAACGGCUUCGUUCGCGCGGCCCGUAAGGUCUACAACCCCAUCGGCUUCGGCAAAGGCUACAACUUUGUGUUUUGGCUCAUAUUCGGUGGUGCUCUCCUCGGCUUCUCCCUUUCACGCUUCCCCAUGCUCGACUUCUAUGGAAAAUUCUGCAGUAAGGACGGGGAAGGCAGCCCCUUCCAUGCGGGUCCGGGAGAGUGUUGGUACUAUCUUAGGGGCAAUCACGAAACCAUCGGCAUCAUUAUGCACCUCGCUGGCGUCAUACCGGGAAGCUUCCUGGCCUUCUUUCAGUUUGUUCCCGUCAUUCGGCAUAAGCUAAUACUCUUCCAUCGCGUGAACGGUUAUGUGGUUUUAUUGCUCUCCGUCGUGGGGACCGUUGGGGCCUUGAUGAUCGUCCGGCAUGCAUUCGGCGGAGGGUUGGCUACUCAGGUUUCUCUUGGUCUUCUCGGCAUCAUGUUUACCGGUGCACUUCUUCUGGCAUACAUCAACGUCAAACUCUUGCAGAUCGAGCAACACCGCGCGUGGAUGUUGAGAGCCUGGGCUUAUGGCGGAUGUAUUCUGACCAUCCGUAUCAUCAUGACCGUUAUGGCCCUCAUCAUCAGCGACCAGGAUGGAUAUUAUGCACCGCAACCCUGUGGCCAAAUCGACAGCAUGCUGCGUGGCAAUCGAACCGAGGUCCUUGCCGUCUUCCCGCAGUGCCAGUCGUUUUAUUCGGGAGAGAACCCCGGUCAGUGGGCCAUAGCACAGGCCAACCUGAAAACCGACAACGAUGCCUUUAGCGCUGCUGCCCUCGGAACCAGCUGCGGCGCGGCAGCAUGGCUGGCCCUGGCCAUACACGCUAUUGGCGUCGAACUCUAUCUCCAACUCACACCGGCCGAGCACGAGAGACUAAGAAGGGUUUCGUAUCAGAGGCAGCUAGAGGCGGGUAUGAAGGACCCUGGGCGUGGUGGAAUCACGGUCGAUCGGUUCGGCGAUGCGGAGAAGUGGUCACCACCUAGUACUAAGGUGGGCCAUGGGGGCAUCUCCGGACAAGGCCCUCCAGGGAUCGCGCAUCGAAUCAUCCGACUAAGCCGGUGUUAG